UAGGGCCCAUGAAAGUUGCACCGAGUAGGUCAAGGUCGACUUGUCGGACGACUCCAAUGACAUCGCCAAGAUCGAGUGAUACAUUGAGAAGUCGGUCAGGCUUAUGAAGGGAAUCGAGGCACGAUCCAAGGCACGAUCCAAGGCGCGCAUGACUUCCUUCUCUCGUUAUACCCGUAGCUCGGGAACAUGGAUGCCCUACGUCGGGAUCGCGACGAGCUCUUGGAGCGUGCCAAAGCUAUGGAGAGCCGCCUGUACGAUCAAUAUAUAGCCUUGAGAGAGCUGAAGAAAGUGAACACUGGGCUGCAAGCCGAGUGCGCCAAGCUACUAGCGGUGAAGGCUGAGCUUGAAGUCGAGUGCUCCCAGCUGUCGGCGUUGAAGGCUGCGCUGGAAGUCGAAUGCUCUCGGCUCAAGAAAGCUAAGGACACCGCCGUUGCCGACCUCGUGGAGGCACAAUCUCAGGCGAAAUCCAUGGUGGAGGCUACUAAGACCAUGACCCAGGAAGCUGAGUUGGCUCGGGACCGGCUCAUCACGGUUGCCCUUAACGUGCUCGAGGCGACACCGCUGUUAGCGCAGGGCUCUUUGUCGGUCAGUAUAGACGGGGUGAUCCAGCAGCUCGAGAAGAUGCCUAUGACUCACAGCGCUGAGCUGCGGGAGACAACGAAGUUGGCAUCCAACCACGCCAGCGCCAUUGUAAAGUCGCUGUAUCCCCGAGUGGAGGUCAACACCAUCUGCGACCGGUUUGCCGCUGACUGCGACGAGAAGACAGCAGUGAAGUACAUCAAUGAAGCGUAGAAGGGCGCCGAGUCGGUCGUAGACGACCUUGGCCUGUAAAGAAGUUGGAGAAUUUGCAGUAGUUUGCCAUAUUUAGGCUGAACGAUUGUAAUGUGAUUUUAUUUAAUCUAUUUGCU